AGUACUGCACAUUGAACGUUUCCUCGGUGACGAGUCAAAAUGGUGGCGCGAUGUGCUUCGAGGAAGUCUGCCUGGAUGACGGGAUGAGCUAAGAUGGUGGCCCACGCCUAAAUAAACGACUUUCCAUAAGGGCUCUGUUACAAAGCGUCGUAGCCCGCGAGGAGGUGGAAACGGUCGUCAGAUAGUGAAUACCACUGAGAGAACUGACGGGGUUUAUUUGUUUGUUUUGUUGAGGGUUUUUUUUGCGCCACACGUUUUGACCAUAUUUCUAGCCUACAUUGUGUCAAGUGCAAGUGAGCCGACUUCAUGACUGAACCACUCGCUAUGGCUUCCUCCACACCAAACGAAAUCAUGUGCAGUCGAUGUAAGAAAAUGAGAUCGGAGGUGUUAGUGUCGAAGCCGCACUAUGAUGGCGGAGCGGUGGCUCGGGGGCUCCAGCAGGAGCAAGGGGCCCCUUUCGAGCCGUCCGCGGGCUUAGCUACCGCGGGCUUCCGCUCCGCUAAAUACACCCCGGCCGAGUGGUUCUCCGGCUACGGCAGCCUCCUCCAGCAGGCCGGCGCCGACCAGCUCGCGGCCCACACCGUCCAGGAAGAGUCCAGGCUCCUGCGCAAGGACACCGAGGCCACCGCUGAGCAAACCCAGACCGACGGGACCCGCCUGCUGGGAGAGAGGCUGCAGGACAUCCACCGCUGGAAGUCGGAGCUGCAGGAGCACAUCGGCCGGCUGCUGUCCGACACGACAGCCCUGCAGGCGCUCAAGAUGAGGCUGGAGAGGGCGCUGGACGCCACGGAGACUCCCUUCGCCAUCGCCGUCGAUAACCUGACCUGCAGGAGCCGACGACUGGGGCCAGACCUGGUCCGGGACUGUGUGGAGGAGGAGCUGCUCAAGGAAGUGGACUUGAUCAGGAGUGUACAGGGCCUUCUGAAGAGAACCAUUGCCCAGGUUGCUACUCAGAUCAAGUUGAACAGCGAUGCCAAGCAGUCGUUGGAGUUUGACUGGUCAGAUAAGUACGAGGCCUAUGCCUUGGACCUCCAAUGUGGUAGAUUCACUAACAAGAGUACAGAUACACAGCACCACGCCAUUUCAGCCGCCAUGGUGGAGCAGAUGUCGAAUGUCCCUUCAUGGAUAAAGUUCACACAAGACAACCUCUACAGGGCCUUCCGGGAGGAACAGGCCACUAAGGAUCUCAGUGAGUUGGGGCAGCAGGUGCUACUGGACACCACUAAGGACCUGAGAGUCCAAUGCUCCAAUGUGGACCAAGCCUUCCUACAACGCUGUGCAGAACAGAUGGAUGCCAAGAUCCAGCUAGAGAUGCAGUUCAAGCAGACCUUGGCGCAGAUUGGAGCUCAGGAGAGAAACAUUGUGGCUCUGCAGAAGGCCAUCGACGAUAAAGAUGCCCCGCAGAGAGUGGCUGAGUCCAGGCUAUACCGCCACUAUCUGAGACCCAACAUGGAGCUCUGCAGGGAUGAACCCCAGAUGAGCUUGGAAGGGGAGGUGAGGGAGAUUGAUGCCACCCUGGCAUCUCUGCAGCAACAACUGAGCGAUGCCCGCAGCUCACUGUCCCACCUGGAGGAGACCCGCAUGGCGCUCGAGAAGGACAUUAUGUGUAAAUCCCACUCACUAUUCAUCGAAAGAGAGAAAUGCAUGAAUCAACGCAAAUUGUAUCCAACAAUCUCUACACUCUCUGGGUACUGAACAAAUCAUGUUUGCUUUGAUGUGGCUCUUUUAAAAGAGUCGUGGAUUGUAUGUAGUGGGUUUAUUUUCCAUUUGCAGUGUUAGGAACCGCAACCACAUACUCAUUACCGAAGAUGGGCCGAUGUACACUGCACUGCCUUUAAAAAGUCACUAAUAUUUAUUUGUUGGACCGCCUUAAGCCUAAUGAUAGAAUUCAUUAAUCCUGAGAUCAUUUCAACAAGCAUAUGAAGGUCCGAACUUUUAUUUCCAAACAGAACUACAUUUCAGCACAUAGGGCUUAAGGUGUGAACUCUGGGUGGUCACUCAUGUGUUUCGAAAUGAAAGUAUGUUUCAUGCUCCCACUCUCUGAACCCGGAACCCCUCUUCACUCUUUGAGUAUGAAUAUGUCUCUGGGGUCAGGAAAGAAAGAGUUCAGUUUUCAUCAUUGUUAAACCCCAAUAGCAAGCCCUACACUACACCCUACACCAUCAGUGACUAUAUAUAUAUUUAAAUAUGCCCCACAGAUGCUCUAGACAUAGCCAGUCCACAUUCAUUGCUCGCUCAAUUAACUGUAGCUGCUGGCAGUAUUUGUGCAGCCCCACACCAUUACGCUUCAAACAACAUGCAUGACAAAAGGCCCCUGGUUGCUGCCACACACGCUUGACACAUCUCAACCAAAUGAAUUUAUCAAACCCCAGGACAAGGUACCAGUGAUCUUCAUCCCAUAGUCUGCUUGUUUUCAGCAAACUGUUUGCAGACCUUCCUGUGCUUCAUCUUUUGAAAAGGACAACCCAAAGACAACCUUUGGCUCGGACCUUCCCUGGUCGACCAUGGCGAGGCUUGUUCUGAGUAAAACCUGUCCUGUCAAACCUCUGUAUGUUGUUGACCACUGUGCUACACCAGAGUCUUAUAGCCUAGGCCACCCUUUUGAAGAGCUAUAAUUUGUAAUAAUAUAUAAUCUUUUUUAAGGUCCUUUGACAGUUUUUUGCCAUGAGGCACCAUAUUAAAAUACCAGUGACGAGUGUAAGAGUGUGAGAGUUUAAUACACUUGCUCCUCAUUCACAACUGAGAACUUGCAACACUAUCGAACCACAUGAUAUCAGGGAGGAAAAAUGGAAAAUUGGGCCUGAUUUUGAUGUUUUCACUUUGGGGGUGUAACUUUAUUUUAUUUUUAUUUUUUUGCCAGCGGUUUAGAGAAUGGCUGUAUGACUUAUUUUGAGGGCAAAGUACAUUUUCACUGACAUACAAGUUGUAUCCUGACUUCAUCAUAGCAAAGGAUCAAUUACUCCAGUGUUGUCCAGUCAAAAGCUAUCAUAACAUAUUUACAAAAAUAUGAGGGGUGCACUCAGUUUUGUGAGGUACUAUAACAAUAUUAGUAGUGUUUAUUGUUGCAGGCUUUUAAUUGGACACUUGUGAAGUUAUGCCAUGUCUCUUAAGGAAUGAGAAGGAUGAGUGCAGUUAUUGCAUAAAUUUGUGUUAUCUGUAUCGGUUUUAGUAAUCUGUUACAAAGGAUUAUUUGUUACUCAAAUGGUACCCUGUGGACAAUAAGCAGCAACCUGUUUUUUAUAGAUGAAGAUGUCAUAUAUUUUUACAAUACGCUACAGCAGUAUUUUGGUCUUCAUAAAUAUCAAUCUUUUCGAUUAUCAUGUGCAGGAAGAACUAAGUGGGUAAGAGUCAGAGCUUUCCAUGAAAUGUGAAUUAUGUGUUAUCAAAAACAAUUAAGUCCUGUAGGCGAAACAAGAGUAGUGCUUAUCUGUGUGUUUUUUCUCUGCUAGUGUUGUUUUUUUGUUUUGUUUUCUGGUUGAUAUUAAUGUCAUUUGAAUUCUUUCAAUAAUUACCACAUAAUCAA